CAGCACCACCACGGGAAACCUGCUAGCCUUAGUUUGAUCUUUUAUCUCUCUACAACAAUCGGACUCUGGAUUGCGGAUCUUGCCUCCUCUGUCUCUCCCCACCCUAACCCUCCACCCCCUGUGGACCUGGUCAGUGAUCGGGCCCUGGAGUCCUGAGAGGAAGUGCAGCAGGUGGUGUGUCUGUGGUGCUCUCCCAUGCUUCCAUGUAAGGGGGCUGGGUCCAGUUCCUAUCUCAGCAGCAUCCUCUAGACCACUAGUCUCAAUCUGGACUUAAAUCACAGGAUCGUCACACGCUUGUGGUGUGCAGGAGCUACAUAUUUAUACUCACGGCAAUUUUGUUUACACGUUUCGGAAGGAUUAACUACAUUGUGGAUUUAACAUUUUGUUUUUUGUGAGCACCAUGACUCUGGCAGUCGAAGUGCGUUCCUCCACCACCACCAUGGUCAUUGAGAGCAGGAGCGGAGAGGCGGGCUCAACCUCUGCACGCAGCUCUAAGAGGACUAUGACGGAUGACCUCUACACGACCUUCAGCUCGCCUAUGGCUUGGAUCCUGGUCCUGGCCCUCAUCAUCACCUGGUCCUUUGUGGCUGUGAUCAUGUUAGACCUGGCUGACUACAAGAGCCUCUCAGGUGCACCCCCACCCGCUGUCAGAAAAGCUCUGAAAGAUGGAGGCAGGUCUAGAGGUAGUCUCCACCAGCUCAGCACAGACCCCAUGAAGGUGGUCAACGAGGCCAUGGUGGAGUCCACUGGUUGGCUUAACAUGCUGCUGACCUUCGCAUCCAACCUGGUAGCUCCCGAAGAUGAAGACAGUAACCUAUACGCAGUGCGGAAAAAAGACAUAGGGUGGUACGAGGACGAGGAGGGUGAGGAGGAAGAAGGAGAUUUCCUUCCGGCCCGAAAGAAAGUUGUAGGGAUGCAGCCACCAAAGACUGAAGUGUUAGAGACGGCAGAGGAGGAGGAGGAAGAGGAGGAAGAGGAGCUGGGGGCAGAUUCUGAUGAGGCCGAGGCUGAGGCAAAGGAGGAGGAGGAAGAGGAGGAAGAGGAGGAAGAGGAGGAAGAGGAGGAAGAGGAGGAGGAAGAGGAGGAAGAGGAGGAAGCAGCCGCUGCCGAAGCAGGUGACGAUGACGGCGAGGAUGAAGAUGAUUCUGCAGCUGCUGACGCUGAGGAAGAGGCUGAUGAGGCCGAAGAAGAGGAGGCAGCUGCUGAUUCCGAUGAUGUGCAGGUUGAGGAGGAAGGAGAGGAGGAAGGAGAGGAGGCACCUGCAGAAGCAGAUAAUGAUGAUGCCGAUGGCGAAGACGAAGAGGAAUCUCCCGCUGUCGCUGCCGGCGAUGACGACGAAGAGGAUGACGAAGCCAUACCAGAGGAGGAGGCUCCUUCUGUGGAUGCUGUCAUUGACCAAGAUGAGGAAGACGAGGAUGUGGCAGAGGUUGCAGCAGUUGACGGGGCGGCUGAAGAGGACGAAGAGGAGGAGGAGGAAGAGGAAGAACAUGAGGUGGAAGAGCCUGCUGAAGGAACUGCUGCUGCCGAGGCCGACAACGAGGAUGAUGAAGAGGACGAGGUGAGUGAAGCAGAAGAGGAGGACCAAGAGGCUGCCCCUGCAGGUGAGGAAGGAGACGAGGCAGAGGCGGCUGCCGUGGAGGAAGAGGAGGAAGAGGAGGAAGAGGCUGCUGAAGAAGCUCCUGCCGAUGGCGAUGACGACGAAGAUGACGAGGCAAAGGCAACAGCCGGCGAUGUAACUGAAGCAACGGAGGAAGAGGAGGAAGAGGCUGUUGGAGAAUCUCCUGCCCCUGCAGCUGCUGUUGCCGAUGAGGAAGAUGAUGAGGAAGAUGACGAGGCAGAAGCAGGAGCAGCUGGAGAGGUGACUGAUGAAGAGGAGGCAGAGGCUGUUGAAGAAUCUCCUGCCGCUGCAGCUGCUGUUGCUGAUGAGGAAGAUGAUGAUGAAGGAGAUGAGGCAGAGGCAGCUGCCGUGGAGGAAGUGGAGGAAGAGGAGGAAGAGGCUGCUGAAGAAGCUCCUGCUGAUGACGAUGAUGAUGAAGAUGACGAGGCAGAAGCAACAGCCGGUGAUAUAACUGAAGCAAGGGAGGAAGAGGAGGAUGAGGCUGUUGAAGAAUCUCCUGCCCCUGCAGCAGCUGUUGCCGAUGAGGAAGAUGAUGAUGAGGAAGAGGACGAGGCAGCUGCAGCUGCACCUGGAGAGGAAGAAGAGGAGGUGGAGGAAGAGUCUGCUGAAGGGGUCACUGCUCCAGGUGCUUCCGAAGGAGACGAUGAAGAUGAGGAAGAGGACGCUGGGGAGCCGGCUGUUUCUUCUGAUGACGAUGAGGAAGAGGACGCUGGGGAGCCGGCUGUUUCUUCUGAUGACGAUGAGGAAGAGGACGCUGGGGAGCCGGCUGUUUCUUCUGAUGACGAUGAGGAAGAGGACGAUGGGGAGCCGGCUGUUUCUUCUGAUGAAGAUGAUGAAGAGGACGCUGGGGAGCCUCCUGUUUCUUCUGAUGACGAUGAGGAAGAGGACGAUGGGGAGCCGGCUGUUUCUUCUGAUGACGAUGAGGAAGAGGACGAUGGGGAGCCGGCUGUUUCUUCUGAUGACGAUGAGGAAGAGGACGAUGGGGAGCCUGCUGUUUCUUCGGCCACUCCGGAUGACGGAGAGGAGGACGAUGGUGAGGAAGAGGGUGAUGACGCUGGUGAUGACGCCGGCGAUGAUGCCGUCGCUGACGUGGACUCCACCGCUGCCACAGUCCCUACUGAAGAAGAUGAUGAUGAUGAUGUUGAGGAAGCUGACACAACACAGGAAGGGGCGGUUGUUUCUUCCAGUGAUGACGCCAUGGCUGCAGAACCUGAGGAUGAUGAUGUGGAAGAUGAUGAAGAGGAUGUCCUUUCAACUGAAUCGGAAGAUGAGACGCCUUUAGCUUCCUCUGUAACUGACGAUGACGAUGAUGAUGAUGAUGAUGAUGAUGAUGAUGAUGAAGAUAUUGCAGACUCAUCACCUGUUGACAGCGUAGCUGAUGUUAGCUCAGAUGACACAGAUGAUGAUGAUGAUGAUGAUGAAGAUAUUGCAGACUCAUCAUCUGUUGACAGUGUAGCUGAUGUUAGCUCAGAUGACACAGAUGAUGAUGAAGAUGACAACAUUAGCGAUGCAGACAGUGAGGACAGUGGUAUCCUUGACAGUGGUGAUGCUAUUUCUGAGGAUGAUGGCGAUGAUGAUGAUAAUGAUGAGGAUGACAAACCAGAAGAGGCAUCAGAGGCUGCAGCUAUUGGUGACAUCAAAGACAUUUCAGAUGAGGAUGAUGAUGAUGAUGAUGAUGAUGAUGACGAUGAUGAAGUUCUCAGUCUGGAUCUGACCAAUGAAAAAGAGGACCUCAAUGAGGAGAUGCGGGAAACUGACCAAGAUGAGGAUGAGGAU